GUUUUGCUUGACUGAGGAGAAGAAGUCAAUGAAAUGACGAUUUAAUUCUCUUUAAAUAUUGCAUACAUAUUGAAAAAUUAUACAUAAUGUGCUGACAUCUUGCUAUUUUCUCCAUCACUGAUUGAACACCACUGAAAGACUUUACCAUAAAGGCAGUAUAUACAUCACCAGAAUGUCCGAAGAAACCACAUCCACUCCAGAAACCUCAGUAUCAGAACCAACAGCAACCACCACCACCACUCCUCCUGCAGACAGCACCCCACAACAAAGGAGGGCUGUCAAAAAACCUCCUGUAGAUCCUAGGAAUGACCCAUUCAGAUUUAAGGGUGAGGGUGUGGUGUACAAUGCCAAACUGAUAGGAGUGAGUGACGUCGCCGAUGCCAGAGGGGACAGGAUGUGUCAGGAAACCAUUCUGGCCCAGAAAAUGGCUGUAAAGGCUGCUGGUCAGCACAAACAGAGAAUUAUAAUUAACAUUUCAGAGGAGGGGAUCAAACUCAUUGACCUUAGAACAGCUACAUUAUUGCACCAUCAUCCUGUUCAUAAGAUCUCCUUCAUUUCACGGGACGUGAGUGACAGACGAGCAUUUGGAUAUAUAUACGGGACUGAGGAUAGAACUCAUAAAUUCUUUGGAAUCAAAACAGAAAAAGCGGCAGAAAAUGUGGUAUUGACUCUGAGAGACCUCUUCCAAGUGGUGUAUGAAAACAAGAAAAAAGAGAUGGAGGUGGCUAAACAGCAACAGACAGAUGACAAACCAAAAGAAGAAGCACCAAAGAAUGUUGUACAACUUGGUGGUGAUUUAACCACAGAGUCCUCAACAGAUGAUGAACCAGACUCAAAGGUUCCGCCUAACAAUGCUCCCGUGGAAAAAGAACCCACAGAUUUGUCUGCUCUGCAGACAGAGUUAGUCAGCAUUGCACAGGGAAUAAAACAAAUAGACAAGAUGGAGUCAUUAUUUGAUGAUAUUCAGACACCGCCCGCUCCUGCUGCCACAUCUUCUGAUCCAUGGGGAACGUCAGCAGCUCCAGCUGAACAAACCAAUCAGAGCAAGUCUGCCAGUUCUGACCUUGAUGAACUUAAUCUCUUCAGCAGUGAACCUGCCCCAGCUAAGAAGAAAGAUGAUAUCAUGAGUCUGUUUGGUCCAAGUGCUCAGGGUUUUGGCAGUCCUCAGCCAGGAUUUGGUGGUCCUCAGCAAGGGUUUGGUGGCCCGCAGCAAGGAUUUGGUGGUCCUCAACAAGGGUUUGGUGCUCCUCAACAAGGUUUUGGUGGCAAUCAACAACAGCAAGGUUUUGGAGCAUUUGGACAGCCAGCAACACCAUUUCCACCAACCAGCCAGGCAAACCCAUUUGCUGCUCAGCAAGGGGGAGGAUUUGGUGGACUUGCUCCACCACCAGUUCCACAAAGGCAACAACAACCAAUGAGCAGUCCAUGGGGAGGACAACAACAGCCACAUGUAUCUCAGCAGCAGAACUUCUCCUUGUUUGACGAACCUGUUCUAGCUCCAACCAAGGUGGAAGAUCCAUUUGCCGCUCCAGUAACAACUGCCUCUCAACCAAAGGAUGCAUUCGCUGACCUAUGUAGCAUUGGAUCUACAACGACAAAUAAGACUCCAAAAGACUUAUUUGCAGAGCGUAAUGCUCCUCCAAAAAAAUCUAUCAAUGAGAUGAUGCAAAAACCCACUCCAAAUCCUCAGCAGGCAAGUGAUCCAUUUGGCAAUGUUGAGGACUCAAGUCUUCCAGCUGCUGAAUUCUCCCCAUUCACUAGUAAAUUGUCUGACCCAUUUGAUACAUCUUUCCUCAAGUCUUCCCCUGCUUUACACAUACAGACCACUAGUGCUUCAAAUGUGUCUGCUUUUAGCAAAAGUACAGAGGAACUGACUCUGAAUCAGAAUUACUUUGAUAAUUCUGAUGACUUUGAUUUACCUUCUCCACAAGGACCUCCCCCUCCCUUACCAAAUGACCCCCCUCCUCCUGCUCCCCCACCCAGACCAAUUUCUUCUCAUACAGGAAAUCAGCUUCCCUCCCUGCCUGUUCCUCCACCAAGAAACUCAGAAAACGUGCCAAAAACCGUGUCGCUUUCAUCCAAUUCACAAAUCAUGAAUGGUAAUACUCCAGUUCCACGACCAAGACCAAGGUCACAUGUCGCAUCAUCUAUGCCAACUCCACUCCCCAGAAAUAAUGCGUCCCCACAGGAAGCACCACCAAAAGAACAAAGCACCAAAGAUUCACACUCGGAUUCUUUCAGCAGCUUCACAAUUGAGGAUCCCUUUACAACAAAUGACCCCUUUGCAGACACAGAUCCUUUCAAUUCAGAUGGAUUUGGGUCUUCUGCUUUUGACAUUUUGAAUUGUAGUGACCCUUUUGCAUCAUUUUCUAGUCCAGUUAAACACAAUUUAACCACUAAAAAUGGAGACUUUGUAAGUGAUGCAAGAAAUGAUCCCUUUUCAGCAUUUGAUAGCUCAUUUGGAGACUCGUUUAAUUGUAAGAGUGGUAGUUUAAAGAAAAAGAGUCAUCGAAAAUCUAGCGGUGGUAAAAAUAUGCCUGUGUCCGACCCCAAUGAUCCCUUUGGACUUUUGGUCGCAUCAAAACCAGUCCAGAAUGGUUCGUAAAAGGGUUUUAAACUUGAUUUUGUGCAGGAGCCAGUGUAUGCUACUGUUAACAAGAUAAAGUA